AUGACUAUCCCAGUUCCGGGCACAUACGUGAUCUACAACAUCCAAUAUUCCACCCUAGAUGUCGAUUUGCACUGGGCCAACGUUAGUGACGGCGCCCCUGUCGUCGGUUACAUCUACAACGAAUCUACCCAGAACAUGCUGUGGAACUUGCAGGUUGUCGAUGAAGAACAGGGUCUAGUGCAAUUUGUUAACCUCGCGGGCAACAAUUAUGCUGGAGUCUCUGGCGAAAUCGAUGGCUCUGGAGUCAUAGGAACCUCCAUCGAAACUACUUUCAAACUCCACGAGAGGAAAAUCGGGGAAUAUGAGAUUCAGACAUACAACUCUGAGCUCGUCUGGGAGCUGCCUGACGGAAACAACUUCACCGAGAUUAUCCUCUCCCCUCCCAUCAGCUUCUAUGACAACCAGGCUUGGCAGUUCAUUCCAGUUGAUGGUAACUGA